UUCCUUUUUUUCUCAAAUCGUAACGUGGAUUUUCGUUCGUCCAUGCUUUUGGUGUUUUUGGUCCAUGCUUUUCGCAGUCCCUAGUGUUCAUGCUAGUGCUUCAAGAAAUUUCAGGAUAAUGAAAGUAAAGUGUUGUGUUGCACAUUGUCCCAGCAAAAGUUAUGGGCCUGUAAUGUGUAACGUUUCUUGGCACAAAUUCCCAAGCGAUGAAAAUGUUUGUGAACAAUGGAUUAGAGAACUUUCCAAUAACUCAAAAACUGAAUUAAAGGAUGUUGUAGUAAAACACUUACGAAUAUGUAGUCUACAUUUCAAAAAAGAAGAAUUAAAAAUGAGUGGCACGGGAAGACAUUAUUUAUUAGGAAAUGCUGUUCCUACAAUUUUUCAAUCAUAUGAAAAGAGUGUUGGCAGUAAUCAUCCACACAGAAUACCUUUUCAAGAGUUAAAUAGCAAUGUAGCACCAGGGAAAAAUAUUGAUAGCAUUGAAACUAUUGAUGAUCGAUCAGGUUUAAACUGGAAAGACAGAUGCAGAUGA